ACAGCCCUGAGCCAUGCUCACACACUCACUCACUCACUCACACACACUCACAUCCGCACCCUCCUCCAGCCCCACCGCCUCCACCAUGGCUUCCUCUGCCCUGUCUGUCUGCUCCAGUGACCUGAGCUACAGCAGCCGGGUCUGCCUGCCCGGGUCCUGUGACUCCCGCACCGUCUCCUCCUGGCAGGUGGACGACUGUCCAGAGAGCUGCUGCGAGCCCCCCUGCUGUGCCCCCAGCUGCUGCGCCCCGGCCCCCCGCCUGACCCUCCUCUGCGCCCCAGGGAGCUGCGAGUCCAGCCCCUGCUGCCAGCCAGGCUGCAGCAGCUCCUGCCUGGCCUCAUCCUGCCCGCAGUCUAGCUGCCAGCCCUCCUGCUGCACCUCCUCCCCCUGCCAGCAGGCCUGCUGUGAGCCCGUCUGCUGCAAGCCUGUCUGCUGCACACCUCUCUGCUGCAGGCCUGUCUGCUGCACCCCUGUCUGCUGCAGGCCCGUCUGCUGCACACCUGUCUGCUGUGAGGCCUCCCCCUGUUCUACUUCCUCAUGUUGCAAGCAGUCUAGCUGCCAGUCCUCCUGCUGCACCUCCUCCCCCUGCCAGCAAGACUGCUGUGAGCCUGUCUGCUGCAGGCCUGUCUGCUGCACACCUGUCUGCUGCAGGCCUGUCUGCUGCACCCCUGUCUGCUGCAGGCCCGUCUGCUGCACACCUCUCUGCUGCAGGCCCGUGUGCUGUGAGUCCUCCCCCUGCUCAGCCGCCUUGUGCUGCCAGCCCAACCCCUGCUCCUCGGUUAGUUGCAGACCCUCCUCCUCCCUGUCCCUUAUCUGCCGUCCUGUGUGCCGCCCCGCCUGCUGUGUGCCCACCUCCUCCUGCCAGCCCAGCUGCUGUCGCCCGGCCUCCUGUGUAUCCCUGCUCUGUCGGCCCGCGUGCUCCCGCCCUGCUUGCUGCGUCCCAACCUCAGCCCCAGAGCCCUGUUGCUGACCCGGCACAUUGCCAACUCCUUCCAGGGCCAACGCUGACUUUCACCUGAAAUUUCUGUAGCCUUAGGCCAGUCUGGGGUCUCCUUCUGUCCCAGAGUUUCCUGUGAGCAGCCUGGGCUGGCUCCUGGUUCCCUCCAGGCCCUGAGUGUCAGCCAGCAUGCGGCUCUCCAUCCUUCUUGGUCAUGGAUUUUGUCCUGAUCUAGGUGAGGGGGCUGCUUGUUAACAAAUAAAGUCAUUGUCAAGCCCUC